UCUCCGGUCGGGUACUUUCUCUCUGGUUUGCUCGAAAUGCAUUCUGGGUUAUUCUCACGUGUAAUCUUCCUUUUCGACGAAGAAAGGCAGCCAUUUUCUUCAAAUUUGUAAUUUGUGAUUUAAAAUCAAUCAUGGCUGCUCGUCCAUUAAUUACUGUGUACAAUGAGAAAGGUGAAGCAACUUCCAAUACUGUAGCAUUACCAGCAGUGUUCAAGGCUCCCAUUCGUCCUGAUGUUGUGAACUUUGUUCACACAAACAUGGCUAAAAAUAAGAGACAGCCUUAUGCUGUGAGCAGCAAGGCAGGUCACCAAACCUCUGCAGAAUCUUGGGGUACGGGUCGUGCUGUUGCUAGGAUACCUCGUGUAAGAGGAGGUGGUACGCAUCGCUCUGGUCAAGGUGCCUACGGAAAUAUGUGCCGAGGUGGUCGUAUGUUUGCACCCACCAAGAUCUGGAGAAGGUGGCAUCGUAAAAUCAACGUCAAUCAGAAACGCUAUGCAGUUUGCUCCGCCCUUGCUGGUUCUGCCCUUCCAGCUCUUGUGAUGGCAAGAGGUCACAAGAUAGAAAAAAUUCCUGAAGUGCCACUUGUUGUUGCCAAUGGCAUUGAAUCUGUGCAAAAAACAUCAAAUGCUGUUAAACUUUUGAAAGACUUGAAUGCGUAUGAUGAUGUGGAACGGUGCAAAAGCUCCAAGAAAAUUCGAGCUGGAAAGGGUAAAAUGAGGAAUAGAAGAUAUGUGCAGAGAAAGGGCCCUCUCAUCAUUUACAAUGAAGAUCAUGGCAUUCGUCAGGCAUUCCGUAACUUGCCAGGAGUUGAUUUGCUUAGUGUGGAUCGAAUGAACCUUCUUAAUCUUUGCCCUGGAGGACAUUUGGGAAGGUUCUGUAUAUGGACUCAAGGUGCUUUUGAGAAACUUGACAGCCUUUAUGGCACAUGGCGUAAAGCAGCCACUGAGAAGUCGUCUUAUAACUUGCCCAGGCCUAUUAUGAAGAACAGUGAUUUGGCCAGAUUAAUCAACUCAGAGGAAGUUCAAAGUGUUGUUCGACCAGCAAAAGCUCCAGCCAAACGAGCACAGCUGAAGAAGAACCCUCUUAAGAAUCUUGGAGUAAUGCUGAAGUUGAAUCCUUAUGUGAAGACGAGCAAAAGAGCUGCGAUUUUGGCACAAGAGAGAGCGAAGGAAGCGAGGAAAAAAGUGAUUGACAAGAAACGUAAAGUUGGCGGGAAAAAGCAGUGAAAUAGAAACGAAAAUUCUGAAGUUAUUCAAUAAAUGUUUCCUCUAAAAUA